GUAAACGAAGGGCGAUUGCAUGGUGAAAUUAGCAUACAUUCGGUUCAGCCAAUCAUGCAUAGGAUGCUAAAGCGAAUUGGAGGGAUCAAGCUGUUGAUUGGUCUGACCCUCACGAUCCUCGGAUUCGUCUUCAUCAACUAUGCAUUCCGCAGCGACCCCUCCAUUAAAGCCGCUCAGCUGAGCAGCUCCGGAUCUUCUCUCAUCGACGACCUGCCAUGUAUCCUUGAGGACUCGUGCAGCGGAAGCGCAGGCAAGAACUACCGCGUAGCGUCGGGUGACGGCAUGAGCGUCUAUCCCAUCGUCUGCUACGACCGAAAGCUCAUUAUGUCCGACAACAAACACAAUGUUGGACGUGGCUUGAACAUUGUAUUUAUAGAUGACAAGACAAAAGAAGUGAAAAAACAUGCUGUGUAUGACACUUUUGAAACAGAUAUCGCUCUGGUGGAAAUGCUGCUGAGCACUCAAGACAACUGGAUCAUCAUGGUGGCUUGCUUCGAUGAAUGCGCCCAGAAACUGAGCACUCACGCACGUAACCUGCUGCAGAGGUUCGGCAGUGGACUGGUGAAGGAGCUGCAAUACCGCGAUGCCUUCGUCAUGCUGGGCCAGAAGGGACUGCAGCUAGGAAUGGCCACAGAGAAGCUGGAACAUAAGAAGAAGAGGGAGUUUGGGAGUAGAGUCGAGGUCAACGGCUGCAUGACGUUCCCACGUAGUUACAUCAUGAAGUCGCUGAACGAUGCUGGGCGAGGUCUGAACGUCGUCACGUAUAACGGCACGUCCCGGCAGGUCGCCCGCGUCGCUCACUUCGACACGUACGCUAAAGUUGUGGGGCAGGCUGUGAAACCUGACCCACUCAUCAUUCGUAACAAGGCGAAGCGAGAGUUCUGCGACAAGCACAGCGGCUACGGAGACUUCUGCGACGACCAGGUGUUCAUGAAUCUGGAGUAUCCUAGCAACAGCAACUGGGCGCGGGUGAUCUCCGUAAAGCUCUGCAUGCCAACCAAGAUUGUAGGGCAGGCUGUGAAACCUGACCCACUCAUCAUUCGUAACAAGGCGAAGCGAGAGUUCUGCGACAAGCACAGCGGCUACGGAGACUUCUGCGACGAGAGUCACAUUGAUGAAGGCAUAUAUCCGGCACCGCUCACCAACAAGUCGUGGGAGAAUCACGCAAUAUUCCAAGUUCCCAUCGCCAUCAUAGCAGGUCCGUCUGCGAUGGGACUGAGGAUGACACUAGAGACUGUGAUGAUGCAGCCGGGGAUCAGUCCCACGAUGGUCGUGGUAGGUGUCACCACCGUAGUGCUGAACGGUGCUGCCAUCUAG